AUGGUACUUGAAGUACAAGAUAUCGCCGCUCUUGAGCUGUACGAAGCCGUCGGGGAAGGUCGCAUCGACCGCGUUGAAUCUCUUCUAGCAGCCGGCGUCGACCCAAAUGCACGAUUCGACAACCUAGGUUCCGUUUUCACAGGAGUCGCCGAAGACUGGGCCAGCGAAGACAAAAGUGCCAGGCCUCCUUUGUUCAACCCCGACCAGACUGAACAACCUUCCCUUCGCCGAGCCACGGGCGAGUCCGAAGGUUCAUGCAGCUAUCUCGAUAAACCCAAGGCCACGCGUCUUAUGGAUGCCCUGCGCAAGCAUGGUGCAGACCCGUAUGCGCUAUAUCGGCAGCCGAUCCUCAAAUAUCGAUAUGUGCGUCUUUAUCCCGGGCAAACAAGAGACGAAGAGGUAUAUGACGAGGCGACAGACCUUGGUCAGAUAUGCUUCGCCCGCAGGGGAAUCAUGGAAAAAGCCCUCCGACUGGAACGUAAACGGCGCAAUCUCGAGCAAGGAGUGUACGAUCCCAAUGGGGACGAAUUAAUCGGCGAUUUCGAAGGCAGUCUCGAUGAUGUCAUUGAGUAUCUAGAUCUUCCUGUCAAUUACGGCGUGCGCAGUGUCAUCCAUGCACUACUAGAGGGCGGCAUGUUCGUCCAGCCUAUAUUCGACUUCCUAGGGGACACGCUGGAUGUCGAACGACGAGAUCCCCAGGGUCGCACGCUAUUUCUUGCGGCGUGUCGGAGCAGAGUCGGUCCCGAUGCUGCGACAAGUGGUGUCUAUGGCGGUCUCAGCACAAUCAACUACGACACUGGAAUCCACGAGAACCCCUACCCCCAACCAGAGAAUCCAUGGAGGGAGUUCGAAGCCAAGAACUCGAAGGCUUGCACUGGGCCGACGUUCCUCUCGUUUUUCAUCGCACGUGGAGCCGACCUACUGGCCGUUGACAUUACGGGAAAAACGCCCUCCACCUGCUGUUUACCUAUACCGAUUGCGCUUGGAUAG